AUGGCUUUCCCCGAGGCUCAUGCCAUUCCCUCGAGCUCUCGAAAAGUAGGAUUUCGAGCUACUACAAUAGCUUCAGCACCCACUCCGAGUCCGCUUCCAGGACAAACUGCUUGGGAAUUGUGCGACAAGAUAGCAUCAAGACAGGAUAACGAGCAAAUAAAAGAUUGGAAUGAUUCAUUGAACACACUUCUCAUCUUUGCCGCUCUUUACUCUGCUGUUCUCACGGCUUUUAUAGUCGAAAGCAUGAAGCUCUUGAGAGAAGAUGCAACCGAGACCACGCGAGAUAUUCUCCUUGCGAUCACACGACAACUCGCGAACAACUCGGCACCAGCGUACACGCCAGAACCCUUUGUCGCUCCCGCAUGGGCAGUCAGGGUCAACCAGUGCCUAUUUCUCAGUAUAUCCUGCAGUUUAGCUUCCGCUAUGGGAUCUGUAUUGGCUCUUCAAUGGGUCAGCCGGUAUGACCAUCGACUGAACCCAUCGUCUCCGGAACAGCGCGCCCUACAGAGACACUUCCGUCGAUUGGGCGCGAGGAAAUGGAACCUUGGGGGAAUUAUAGCGUCUUUACCGGCGAUUAUCUUCGUUGCCUUGCUCCUUUUCUUCGUCGGGAUGGCGGAGUGGUUGUGGCAUCUGGAUAGAGGAAUAGCGGGCAUCCUUCUUGCCGGUCUCACGGCUUCGUCUCUCUUCUUCUUCACUACCAUGAUUAUCAACACGUUCAGCGUCUCUGCACCAUUUCGCACCCCAGUAUCGCGGUUCUUGCCUUGGUUUAUCCCCUACCUCGUACGCAAAUCGCAUCAUGUGGUGGACUUUCUAGUCCACUCAAUCAAACACCAUGGAUCAGAAGAUUCAAUGCGCGGUUCGACGCAUUGGAAGCACUCCCGUUCCUCACCCUCAAAGAUAGAUGACAACAGUCCAUGGACAUUUCAUCAAUCAUCGGUCGAUAGGGAGAAGAAAGCUGUUGAAGAUAGGGACUAUCUCCGGCUAAACUGCCUCCUCUGGCUUGUUCGACAUACGAGCGUGAUUCCUCAUCAACGAACGGCGUUUAGGGUCGCUCUGGAGGAGAUUCUAAAAUGCCCAAUCCAACAGGUCAGGGCUAUCACUAUGGAAGAUGCGCCUUGGGAUGCCAUAUUUGGAUUAUUGGUCGAGCCUUAUGCCGACCAGACUCACCCCUUAUCAGACCACUCUUCUGAUGCAAUACGCGAGAUAUCCAUCGUGGUCCAAAGUUUAGCCAUGCUAGGAUCAUAUUCCAGCUUACGUGGCAAUCUUCCGCGGUCAGUCUUGAGCUGGCUGCAAGGACUUGCCGUCGACCGGUCGUAUGACCCAUUCAUCCCCUGCUAUGCGGCGCAUGCCUACUGGCGUCUGUCCGCUCGCUCUCUUGAAGGAAGGGUGAAUAAAUUGACAGCAGAAUACAGCGCCAAAUCUGUUUUCUUGCUAUGGACGCAACUACCCUCUCCGUUCACCCGCAUAGCACUACACAACUUUGAGGAUUACCAGAAACACUGUGUUCCCCGAGGAGCAAUCACGGGUCUUGUCGACACUCUCAGUCCAUCAGAUCCGACCCAAUCGAUUACGCACGACAGUCCUCGUUCGUCGGAAGAGUGGGAUGGAUUGUUGCGCAUCUCAGCUCUUGGUCUGUCUCAAGAUCUUCCCAUUCGAGAUGGUCUCGAGAUGUGGAUGGAAGCCGUAGAGACGAUUUCAGCUGAUCCAAUGGCUAGGAGAAGAGGUCAAGUAGCGAAACUUCAUCGGGCGGUUGGGCGACAGGUCUUUGUACGAUUUGCUCAACUCAUCGAGACGGAAGCAGACCUGGUGUACCGUCAUGCAAUUCGAUUUGUUCAAUCGCCAUUGUGGGCUCAAAAACCAUACUCAGUCGAAGAUUAUGCGCUAGAAGCUUUCGCAAACAAUAAGUUGAACAUAUGGGAUCCAAAGUAUCGAAGGGGGAGCGCCAAAUUGCUAUCUUUCAUCCUGCCAAUACCGGCCGAACACCAUGGUGGACUGUGGGGACCUUGGCUGGUUGGAGUAAUCAUCGGCCUCGACAAUCUGCUCAAUAGCACGGAGGUUAUUCACAAACCGAGCCCUCAAACUCUUGUGACCCUAUGUGAAGGCCUAAUCAGAAACGAGAUUCAUCAUCUACUAAUACUUUCGGAUGAACAUCUGCGGGUCAUGAGACGCCUCACCCACCCUAUUUCACAAUUAUUUGCAAGCGUUGUAUCCCGUGUAUGCCUCAUCCCAUUGGCGGCAGCUCCCGAGCGAAGGCUCCUUUGGGAGGGCGACGAGGCUUGGAGAUCCGCUGUCCGUAUAUGGCUUCAGGACUGGCGUUUCUACCCACGUUCUGAUGCGAUCCAAUUUGUACGGGAGCUAAUAAUCGAGGAGGCUCGGCUCGACAAACCAUUUGUCCAAGCAUUGCAAUUGUUUGGGACACUUACGGAGAUGGAUGGUAGACCCAUCACAUCCUCGUUACUCCAUGCACUCUAUCGCCCACCUGUAAUGACAUUCCUCUUGCAAGACCCUGACCCUACGAGGUUCAUGGGGCCACUGACAUAUGCGUCGCAAUAUCCAUGGUUUCACGAGGAGUUCGAGGCCGCCAAAGGGUUCGAGGUAUAUCCUUUGGCCCCAGUCAAGGUUCCAAUGUCUUUUGAUCGUGGACUUGCUCUCCCGAAGAGUGUGCUUUCCCGUACAGUCACCCAAGAUGCCCUCUUGAAAUGGCUACGAUGCGCAUAUAGCUGCUUGCUAGCCGUGUCGGGAACAUCGGGCGCUGUCAAGGAAGAGAUUCAAAGAUGGAGCGAGCGUCGUUUGCGUAUCCUUGCAGGAUUCUACUAUGCCAUACUCGAGCAUGUAGUAAAGGAACGAGGUGAAGAAAUGCCGAGAGACUGGCGCCUUGAGAAGCUACAAGCGAGCUGGGAUGGAGACCCUCUAGCAUACGGAUUCAUCAAGAAUCUGUCAGAAGAGGAAUGGUUGAAACUCAGGAAUCUGCUCGUCGAAAUUAUCACCGGGCUAUUGCGAGGGUUUAUUGCCGUGAACCCAACCACGCUCCCGCAGGCGGAACGCGAUCCGCAAGGCGUAUGCCAUUUCUACGCAUCGGAUUCGAUGAUAUAA